AGCGGCGGAGGAGAGGCCGCUGGACCACCCGCCACGAUGAAGGUGGAAGCGGGGGACAACUCCAUGAUCAAUCUGUCUGUGCAGCAAGUGCUGAGUCUAUGGGCUCAUGGCACCGUCCUCCGCCACCUCACCGAGAUGUGGUACUGGGUCUUCCUCUGGGCUCUCUUCUCCUCUCUCUUUGUCCAUGGUGCUGUGGGAGUAUUAAUGUUUGUGAUGCUGCAGAGGCAUAGGCAGGGGAGACUGAUCUCUGUCAUUGUGGUCAGCAUUGGAUUUCUGGGCUCUGUAACAGGAGCAAUGAUAACCAUUUCCUGGAGCAUCUUGACUCUUCUUCAUUGCAAGAGGCUGUUGUGCUACCACUGAUCAAUGGCUUGCUGUCUUUCACCAAGUUAAACUAUAACACUGCUAUUAAUGAAAUGCAUACACAAAGCUUUUCUUGAUGAACUUCAUCAUUUUAAUUGCCGUGCCAGUGAAAUUGUUGCCAUUAUAACCUUUCCCCUUUGAAAAGGAGAGAUCUUUGCAAAUAUCAAGUUAUGCCUUCUGCCAAAUAAUUUUUAUCAUUGUAAUAACUUCUACAACACUGUUAGGUGCUUAGUUGUCUCUGCUUUAUAUGGCUGUAUUGCCUUGCACAGUGAAUAGGCAGAUAAUGUAAUGCCUAAGUGGCUUAAAAGAGAAGUAUUUGAUAGAAAAUUGUUUUUAACUAUUUCUUGUGAGGAAUAUAUGAGGACAGAUAGGUUGUCAAUGAAGUAGUAUUUGAUCAUACUAUGAACUUAACUGUGUGAUAACUCCAGUAGUAGAAGGAAGUGUAAGUGGCCUUAUGUCUAUGAUAGUUUGAAGUUUCAUUCCACGUCCUUAGAAACAGUAUUGUUUAACAUAAGGUGCUCCAGUGAGUGCAAUGUAUGCAUAUAUGUAUUGUUUAUAUAUGAAUAAUGUUUUUGCGGUGUGUUUGAUACCUUAUGGAUGCUAGAAAUCGAAAUAACUUUUCCAAGAAAGAAAAAAUUAUUUCAGGUAACUGGUUUUGGCUUUAUUGAUUUUAUUUUUGGUUUCAUUUU